CCCCCCUCCCGCCGUGUUUCCCGGCAGGCCCCGCGGCGCGCGGCGUUUAAAUCGGCGGCCGUUGCCCGGCCUUGGAUUUCGCUGCCGCUGCAGAGCCGCCCGCGCUCCCCGCGCCAUGGACUCCCAGCUGCAUCGCCACGUCUGCCCCGGUCUCGUCAUUAACAUCCAGCGGAGCAAUGGCUUGAUCCAUAAGGCGACGGUGAAGACGGUGAGCGUGGAGCGGUCCUCUGUGUCGGUGGAGUGGGUCGAGGGCGGUGCUAUCAAGGGGAAGGAGAUUGAUAUUGAUGAUGUACUAACAAUAAAUCCUGAGUUAGCAGAACUACCUGCUGCAGAUGUGAAAGAGAACCUUCCUUUGCAAGAGAAUGUAACCGUACAGAAAGAGAAGCGUAGAACAACCCUUUCAAAAAUUCCUGCUCCCCGGGAAGCUAUGCGUGGCCGUUCCAGGAUGUCUGUUAUCACAGAAUCUCAGUGCAGCCUCCAGGAAAAUGAGAUGGGGGUAGAUCCCUGUACCUCUACACAAACCAGAAACAAUUCGUCAGUUCCUGCUGGCCAAACCAGGACUAGCAGGACGAGCUGUGCUCCAGAAGCCUCAGUGACAAAUGUAAAUGGAAAUACAGAGGAUCAUCUGCCCGCUGCUAGAAUGAGCUCUUCAGUGAGCCCAGGUACCAGGGAGCCAGUGGUUCGGAGAAAAUCUAACAUUGUGAAAGAGAUGGAGAAAAUGAAAAACAAGAGAGAAGAAAAGAGAGCUCAAAUUAGUGAAAUCAGGACAAAACGUGCACAGGAAUUUGACAGCAGCUGCCCAAACUGGGAGUUUGCACGGAUGAUCAAGGAGUUUAGAGCAACUUUAGACUGCCAGCCAAUAUCUAUAACUGAUCCAAUAGAAGAACAUAGGAUUUGUGUCUGUGUGAGGAAGCGCCCUCUCAAUAAACAAGAACUUCUGAAAAAGGAAUGUGAUGUGAUUACUGUUCCAAGCAAGUGUGUCCUGUUGGUGCAUGAGCCAAAGCAGAAAGUGGACCUAACAAAAUACCUUGACACCCAAGCAUUUAGAUUUGACUUCUCAUUUGAUGAAUCUUCUUCUAAUGAAAUGGUAUACAGGUUCACUGCUAGACCUCUUGUAGAGACCAUCUUUGAGGGUGGGAAGGCGACAUGCUUUGCAUAUGGCCAGACAGGCAGCGGCAAAACACAUACUAUGGGCGGAGAUUUCUCUGGGAAAGCGCAGAAUGCCUCAAAAGGCAUAUAUGCUUUUGCGUCACAAGAUGUCUUCCUUCUCCUAAACCAGCCCAGGUACAGGAGUCAGAACCUGGAAGUCUAUGUGACUUUCUUUGAAAUAUACAAUGGCAAGGUGUUUGACCUCUUGAAUAAGAAGGCAAAGCUUCGAGUCCUGGAGGAUGGCAAGCAGCAGGUCCAGGUUGUUGGUCUCCAAGAAAGACAAGUCACCUGUGCUGAGGAUGUCAUCAGAAUGAUUGAGAUGGGCAGUGCCUGCAGGACAUCUGGGCAGACUUUUGCAAAUGCUAGCUCUUCACGGUCACAUGCCUGCUUCCAAAUCCUACUACGCCAAAGAGGGAAACUGCUUGGCAAAUUUUCCUUGGUGGAUCUGGCAGGAAAUGAGAGGGGUGCGGACACAUCUAGUGCUGAUCGGCAGACACGAAUGGAAGGUGCAGAAAUCAAUAAGAGCUUGCUGGCUUUGAAGGAAUGUAUCCGAGCUUUAGGGCAGAACAAGUCUCAUACCCCUUUCCGGGAGAGCAAGCUGACCCAGGUGCUAAGAGACUCUUUCAUAGGAACAAACUCAAGGACCUGUAUGAUAGCAAUGAUUUCUCCAGGCAUGAGCUCGUGUGAGUACACCUUAAACACACUGAGAUACGCUGACAGAGUGAAAGAGCUCAGUCCUCAUAAUGGAGGUGGUGAAACACGGAAUCAGAUGGAGACUGAGGAUGAGGAAGGGACCUGUGCAGAAGGCUUAGGUCUUCAAUACAAUCUCUCCAAGGAUGAUGAUGAGGACUUCUCUCCCCACAUGUCCAACUUCCGUGAGGCUAUGACUCAAAUUAACGAACGGGAGGAGAAGCUUGUAGAACAGCUUAAAGAACUGAGACAGCGAAUGGCUACUGAACUUGACUACCUCUUGGGAAUCACGGAGCAACCAGACUAUGAUCUUGAGACCUUUGUGAGCAGAGCCAAGUACUUCACAGAGGAGAGCUCAAGAAACUUCCUUAGUGUCAGAGAAACACUGGAUGCCCUGGGGGCUGCCAUGCAACUGGAGGAACAAGCCAGCAAGCAGAUGAGGUGGUGGAAGCCUUAGUAAAUACAGCAAAACCUGGUUCACAAGCAGUUUUGUGUAUGUCUUACAUGUUUGUCAGUGGUGUGUGUAACUCCUGUUUUAAAAAGCAGUAGAGUGUCUGCAGGUCAUGUGCCUGAAGGCAGUGAACUUGGCAGCCUCUGUCUCCUCAUGGCCAGGUAUCAGGCUUCUAGUGGAGUGCUAGAAGCAACCCCCAUGCAAGGCUUGGGGAAGGGGGGGCUGGGGAGUCUGCUAGAUGUGUCUAGCAUCUGGCCCUUUGCUAGUGACAAUGGUUUCAUCUAAUAGAGCUAGAUACACAUGUAUAGUUUCCUAGUGUACAUAUAACCUUUCCAGAUGUGCUUGAAUCAUUGCAAAACUUGCAAGUCUGGCUUUUCUAGAAAGAAAAUGUACUAUAUGUAAUUGUAAAAAAAAAAAAACCAAACAAAACCCAAAAAAAACCCCAAAACCCAUCAACCUAGUAUUUUAAGAAGUUUGGUAAAUAAAUAUUCCUGGAUUUAAUUAUCUUCUGUCUUAGAAAAUAUAUUUCUUGUUGAUUUUGGUGAAGUCUGACAGCCCUUAACAACUGGCUGCUGGUGAUUUCUUGAAGUUUCUCUUUAAAGCCUUUACACUUGGAAUGUUUACAGAAAAAUCACUCAAAGUAAAUUUUUGUUCUUAAUGUUGAGA